AGGCCCAACCGGGCGGCCGGAGAGAGCGGGAAGCGCAGCGGGCGUGCCUCCUCUUCCGCCCCGGCCCGGAAGGGUGAUGUGGCUGGACCAGCAGCGGCCUCACUAUGUCUGCCAUUUUCAAUUUUCAGAGUCUGUUGACUGUAAUCUUGCUGCUUAUAUGUACGUGUGCUUAUAUACGAUCCUUGGCACCCAGCCUCCUGGACAGAAAUAAAACUGGACUAUUGGGAAUAUUUUGGAAGUGUGCCCGUAUUGGUGAACGCAAGAGUCCUUAUGUUGCCGUAUGCUGUAUAGUGAUGGCCUUCAGCAUCCUCUUCAUACAGUAGCUUUGGAAACUACCAGCUGUGAUUGCCAUCAGACUCUGUAAACAAGGACAUGUCUCCAAAAAAAUAAUGGGAAGAAUGGCUAACCCUUUUAUCUCUGAACAUGAAAUGAGAUGAAUUUCAAGAUGCUGUUCUCUAUUUUUAUGCUAUUGGACCAAUGAGCUGUACAAAUAAUUAAGAUGUAACAGGAAUGUGAUUGUAGCAGUCAACCUCAGUUUUGUCACUCCAGUAUUAUACUCAACAAAUGCCAUUCUGUUGUGUCGGGACUGCUUUUCCUAAGGUUCCUGAGGGCAUGAAAUAGAACUCACAGUUGGCGAAUUCCACAGGCUUCUUUCAUUAGGGUUUGAAAAUAUUGUCUUCAUAGUAUGAGACAUUCUAGUGACUGGCCUAUUUUUAUUGAGAAAAAUUGUUAUAUUUUUGUUGUUGUUACUGUUCUUACGGAUUGCAUUCAUAUUUAAACCAUUUUGAUUGCUAACCAGAGUACCUCUCUAUUCUUGGCAAAUUAUUACAGGUGUAAAAUAUUUUAAACAAAAUGCUGCAUUUCUUUAACAUAAGUUUGAGGCUUCUGGUCAACUGUGGUCAAAUAUACAGCUUCCGUUUUCUGAAAAAGAUCAUUCUUAGAAUGAAAAAAGCAAUAGAACAAUGAUAGACUAAAAAUCUUAACAAGAUAUUCAUUCUCUUUAGUGUGAAGUUUUCCAAAUAGAACAUCUGUUGUAGUUAUCACAAAUGUGGUUUUUGUUGUGUUUUUAAUGCAUCACUUUAAAUCUGGUUUAUUUUCUGUGAGCUUAAACUGGAUUUUUUUUUCUUCUUCUUCUUUUGCUUUUAGAGACAGGGUUUCUCUGUAACUUUGGAGCCUGUCCUGGAACUAACUCACUCUGUAGACCAGGCUAGCCUUGAACUCACAGAGAUCCCACCUGCCUCUGUCUCACAAGUGCUGGGAUUAAAAGGCAGACUGCCCAGUUGGAAUCCCUUUUCUGAGUUUGUAGGUGAUAAACACAUCUCAUACCUGCUUAGUCUGAAUACUGUAGUGUAUUCUCUCAGCUUUGACACUGAAGCAGGAAUUUGAGCAUGUGGAUGUGAAAAGAUGUAACGGAUUGAAGCAUACGUAUGGAAGGGCAUUUAGAAGUUUGUGUUCAACUUUUCUGCAGGUUCUGCUGGGAAAUAAUUACCAUGUCAAAGCUAAGAAAGAUUAAGUCUACCUGAAAACACUUAACUACACAUUACAUUUAUUAAAUACUGGUUUGGGCUACUCCUUUAUAAGUAAAAAAGAAAUUUUCUCUUAGAAAUGAACUCCUUACAGAAACAAAGUAUUGGACUUGAAUCAUUUUAAAAGAUCGUAUCUAUAAUUGUGUGCUUCAACAGGCACAAAGCUUGCUGGACCAGCAGCUUUUACAGACCACUUGAGGCUGUAUGGAUUGUUGUGUGGAGGAGCAUCAAGGGAAGUCUUACUGUGUUUUCUUGGGAUUAUUUGUUUGCAAAAGAUGUUUGGGAUGUCUGUAGCUAUUUAAAGCUAGUCUGUUUUACUUUGGAUAGGACAUCAGAUUGUGGUAAUUAUGCUACUCUGAACUGCAUCUUGGGCUUUAUAUGAGGUCAAGGAUUUCCAGGACAUCUCUAAAGUAGGACUCCUUCAUCAGCAUAUUUGUGCACAGUAAGUCACCUUUCAGGGUCUGAUUUCUGGGUGGCCAUCUGUUGUCCAUCUCUGCUACCAGCUGAAUUUUCCAGAAGUGUUGUCAACCUUUUUGUCUAAGUUAGCACACAUUUCAUAAAAGGAGAAAAUAAAAAUAAGAUGUUCCAUUUUUUGACAUUUCAGACAGUGUAGGUGGAAAUGAGAGGAAGACGAAGUUAACUUGUACUAUCUUUCGUAACAUAGAGCGAUUUAUUGUGUGCAGCAGCUUAUUUCUCACCCUGCCAUACCGCUCUCUUUAAGUACAGGCUCUUGGGAAUGUAGGAAUGAUGCAAAAGGGUACAGAAAUUUAUAAAGAAAAGCAACAUGUGUGAACACUGACUGCUCGUUUCCAAGCCACAGGGUGGUGUAGGGGUUUGAAGCCCAUAGAAUAUUCAGCUAUAUGUUUUAAUGGUAUGUGGAUGAGCAAAAAAGCACCCCAUACAGCUGGCCUCUGCACAAAUGCCAUAAAUACACGGCUUAUGGGAGGAGGGACACUGAGACCCAGGGUUAGCAAGGUCCAGGUGUUUGCCCUAGCUACCUAGCUGGCUCUACAGUCGUUAAUCCAUGUCUCAUAUUUAGUUUUGUAUUGGUGUUUGGUUCCUGAUGAGUUUCAUCUGUGUCACUGACAGUGCAGGGACAAAGGACAUGUCUUACUGCCAGGUAGUCUUGCAAGAUGGUCAAAUUCAUCUUAUAUUUUUAAAAACUUUAGACUCUAGUCCAGUAUCUUGCUAAUAUCUUUUCUGCCUGUGCCAGAAAUUACCUUAUAUGUUUCCAAACAAGAUGUUUCCUGCUGGGGUUAGUAAGAAUGUGUAAUUUAUAAUAAAGUCCUUCACCUUCAUAAUAAAGUUAGUCUCAUAAGAUCACACAUAUUUCUAUGAAUUAAGUUUUCCAAGUUUACAAAGUCCAACAAAUCUUUGCCGCCAUUUGUGAAAAAUAUUUAAUUAACACAUAUAAAUAGCAUGUAUUUCAGGAAACAUUUACACAGUUGAAAUGGUAUGUGACCAUUGAAAAUAAAAAUAUGAGUGCUUUCCCUUUAUUCAUAAUGUACAUGAAAGAUAAUACUUGUUAUUGAGAUUAUCCCAAGAUUCUAGAAGAAAAUGAAGAGUGAUGAUUCUUUGAGGGUAGAAAUUCUAGAAGAGCAUGGAAUAAGCUGAACUUGGCAGUAUUUUGCAAAACCACAGUUGUAUGUUAGGAAUUAUAUGUUCCUUAGUUUGUUGUGGCACUAAUGGAGUAUGACAUGAACUAUAAAGUGGACAGAUGUUAUACCCUGGCAAGUCAUGUAUUUUACCUACCUCAAAACUGAAGUUGAGUGUUUUCCCUCCUGCCGCACAAAUCCUGCAGGAGUACAAUAAAAUUUCCCUUGGUUUAUGAACAAAAAGGUUGACAAUGGAAUACAAUAGUGUAUUCUCCUAAGAUUUCUCUAAACAUUGUAAUGGCAACUAGCCAGUCAAGACGGUGUUUCCAGAAACUUGUAAAAUCUCAUAUUCCAUCUGCUAACAGCAGUCCCUGCUGUUCAGACAAACACAUACUAGAAGUGCACUGUUUACAUUUCCUGAAUGCACAGAAAACUUUGCAGUUAUCAAGAACGUAAGCUUCACAAAAGCCUUUGGGAAGUUAUUUCAUCCUUGCAAUCUGAAAAUUCUUGGGGGCCACUCUUCUCUUACUUUCGUAUCAUUUAGUAGUAAUGUUCUCAAAGUGGUGCUGGCAAUCACCCUGGUGACCUUCACAAGGAAGCCAAGACUAGCUUCUGAGAAAUAACCUCAUUCUGUUUCUCCUUUGGCCUAAACUAAUUACAACGUAACCUUAAAUGCCAUUCCAGUACCUUUUGGAGAAAUGAGAACUAUAAUUCGUGUUUAAAAGUGGAGGUGACCAUCCAUACUCUGGUUAAUUCAUAUGUCUGCUAUGUAAUAAAAAAUGAAUUGUCAAA